CAGGCACCCUUUGUAGAGGAGGUCAUUAAACAUCACAGGGGAAGCAGGAAUUUGUCAGAUCAUUCUCAGGAGCUGCUUUUCGGAGGGGUCUCUAAAAAAGAUCUAUGUCAGGACACUGCAAAAGGGAAUAGAACUAUGUCGCUGGCAUUUUUAGGAUCAUCUCCUCUUUCUGGUGGAUUCGAAACAGCAUCUGAAUUUUCAGCUCAGAGUGUUGUGUCCUUCAAGGAGGUGGCUGUGUAUUUCUCUGAAGAGGAGUGGUCUCAGCUGGAUGCCCAUCAAAAAGCCCUCCAUGAGGACGUCAUGCUGGAGAAUUCUCGGAAUGUGGCCUCUCUGGGAGGUAAAGGGCAAGAGAAUGAAAAUUGCAAGGAGACCGUCCAAACUUUAAAGCUUGAAGAGGGAAAAGAAAUGGAACCAAAAAUGCAAGAGGAAAGUCACUCAAAAAAUGGAAGGAAACGAGGUCCUUCUUUUCAGUGGCCUCCAAUUCAAGAUUUGUUUGUCCAACCAAACCACCACCUUAAAAGUAAGGGAAAGUGUUUAGGGAAAGGUGGAGAAAUAUUCCAGGAUAUACCAGAUUUAAAUAAAACUUGCAGAACCCUAACCAAAGAAGGGAAGUAUCAGUUAAAAGAGGAUAGAAAAAGUUGCAAUCGUACUUUUGCUUUGUCUCUGCGUGAAAGAGUCAGCAUGGGAGAAAAACCGUAUAAAUGCAUGGAAUGUGGAAAGCAUUUCAGCAACAGCAGUUCCCUUACUUGCCAUAAAAGGAUCCACACUGGAGAGAAACCCUAUCAAUGCUUGGAGUGUGGAAAGAGCUUCAGUAGUAGCAGUAACCUCACUGCUCAUAAAAGGAGCCACUCAGGAGAGAAACCGUAUAAGUGCCUGGAGUGUGGAAAGAGCUUCAGUACGAGCAGCAGCCUAACGUCCCAUAAAAGGAGCCACUCGGGGGAAAAACCAUAUAAAUGCCUCGAGUGUGGAAAGAGCUUCAGUACGAGCAGCAGCCUAACAUCCCAUAAAAGGAGCCACUCGGGGGAAAAACCAUAUAAAUGCCUCGAGUGUGGAAAGAGCUUCAGCACAAGCAGUUACCUGACGUCCCAUAAAAGGAUCCACACAGGAGAGAAACCCUAUCAAUGCACAGAGUGUGGAAAGAGCUUCAGCAACAGCAGUAGCCUUACGUCGCAUAAAAGGAGCCACUCCGGGGAGAAACCCUAUAAAUGCAUGGAUUGUGGAAAGAGCUUCAGGAAGAGCAGUAACUUUUCUUCGCAUAAAAGGAUCCACACGGGAGAAAAGCCAUAUAAAUGCAGGGAAUGUGGAAAGAGCUUUAGUCAGAGCAGUGACCUCAUUUCCCAUAAAAGGAUCCACACGGGGGAGAAGCCGUACAAAUGCAUGGAGUGUGGGAAGAGCUUCAAUACCAGCAGUAACCGUGCUUCCCAUAAGAGGACCCACACAAGGGAGAAAAUUUAUAAAUGGAUGAAGAUGCAUUUUAGCAAGAGCACUGGCCUCUCUAAACACAGAAGGAUCCACACAGGAGAGAAACCGUACAAAUGCACGGAGUGUGGGAAGAGCUUUAGGAAGACCACUACUUUUAUUUCCCAUAAAAGGAUCCACACAGGGGAGAAACAUUACAAAUUCCUGGACGGUGAAACUGGAAUCUAAGAAAACACGUCUCUGAAGUUCCCAUAAAAUGAUCCAUCUAGGAAAGAAAGCGUAUCAAGGCAUGGACUAUGGAAAGAGCUUUAAGUAAAGUUCUAG